AAAGUCUGAAAGUCGAUUCUUGUAUUUAGUUUUUGCAUUUACUUUUUGUCUACUAAUAUAAUUUUUUGGAAGUUAAAGUGUAGUUAAUUAUUAAUUUUAAUCAGUGUAAAAUGGACGUAAGGUAGCGAAGAAACCGGAGAAAUGUCUCGUCUUGCUGAUUACUUCGUCGUAGUCGGAUUUGACCACGAGAAAGAAAGAAGUGGCAAAAGUCAGGGCAUCAUAAUACAAAGAUUUCCGGAAACCGAUUGGGAUGACACUCCGUUUAUCGACGGAAUUGAAUGGUUUUGCCAACCGCAAGGAUGGAUGUUAUCAUCGGAACGACAAGAACCGCGAUUUUUCAUAUCUGUUUUAACAGAUAUCGACGCAAAUCGACAUUACUGCGCUUGCUUAUGUUUCAACGAGACGGUUUCUAUUACGCCGAGCAAACCAGUGGACGAAGAAGAAGAUACCGUAGAAAGUGAUGGCUCUCCUCCUAGUCUUCCAUCCCGUAAUAUCACACAUCACCAUAGCAUCAUGUAUGCUCCGAAAUGUCUUGUUUUAGUAUCCAGAUUAGAUUAUAUUGAAACGUUCCGAAAUUGCCUCGGUGUUAUUUAUACCGUGUACAUCGAGAAUUUCCCUAUACCUUUGGAAACGCUGGUUGGAAACAUAUUAGGUUGUAUUCAAGUUCCGCCUCCUGGAGGACCACAAGUUCGAUUCAGUAUAGGAGCCGGAGAUAGACAAGCUUUACAACCACCUUCGUCUCAAACGCUUCCGGUGUCUCAAAGCUCUGUUCAUUUAUUAUUCCAAGAAUUAGGUAUUAGAAAUGUUUUAGUAUUAUUUUGCGCGGUCAUGACAGAACAGAAGAUACUAUUCCAAUCACGCAGUUAUAGCCGAUUAACAGAUGCUUGUCGUGCUCUCACUGCCCUGAUGUAUCCAUUUAAAUAUAGCCAUGUGUAUAUUCCUCUACUGCCAGCCGCCUUGGUAGAAAUAUUAUCCACACCUACGCCAUUCGUGAUGGGCGUACAUUCCUCACUAAAGACUGAUGUUUCGGAAUUGAUGGAUGUGAUAGUAGCUGAUUUAGAUGGUGGGAAUAUCGUCGUACCUGAUGGUCUUUCUUUAUCCUUAUUACCAGAGCCGUUACUCACAAAUACUCAGGAAUCGUUGAGUUUAGUCUUACAACCUUUGUUGUGUUGCGCCGACCAUGCGUUUCCUCCUCCCGUUACCAAUCGUCCGUCGCCGCCCGCGUUGCUAGAUAAAGAAAUUCGAGCCAUUUUCAUGCGUACCUUCGCUCAACUUUUGCAAGGUUACAGAAGUUGCUUGACUAUCAUUCGAAUACAUCCUAAACCUGUUAUCACGUUUCACAAGGCUGCUUUUUUGGGCGAAAGAGCGUUGACUGAUUGCGAUUUUACGGUUAGAGUGUUAGACUGUAUGUUCUUUACAUCGUUUGUUUCGGAGCGAGGACCACCUUGGCGUCCGUGCGAUUAUUGGGAUGAACUUUACAGUAAUAUGCAAGAACUACUUAAAUCUGAAAUGCAAGAUAGUCGUUUGAUAUUUCAGCACAUUCAAGAAAAUGCGCAAAUUUUGUAUGGAAAUGAAAAUCCAAACCCUCAAGCGUACGUACAAAAAAUCCUUAAACCGCCGGAGGGAGCGUACACGAGAAUCCAUCAACCUCCGUUUCCUAAAAUUGAUCAGCAACAAGUACAAAACGUCAUUAACGAUGGAUUAGCCAAGAGUAAUCUGAAAAGCAUGUUAUCUUCAUUAAAACCAGUAUUACCUAGAAUUGUUCCAAUGGGACCUCCAAUUUCAAGUUUGAGCGAUUCCAGUCUAGUUAGCAAUUCAGCGAGGAGAUUGGAGGUUUUAAGAAACUGCAUAAAUUGCAUAUUCGAAAAUAAAAUAUCGGACGCUCGUAAAACAUUUCCAGCUGUUCUUCGAGCACUAAAAUCACGAGCUGCUCGGCUCGCUUUAUGCACCGAAUUGGCUCAACACGUUAUCGGAAAUAAAGCUAUGUUAGAACAUCAGCAGUUCGAUUUAGUCGUUCGAUUAAUGAAUUGCGCCCUACAAGAUGGAUCUUCAAUGGAUGAAUAUGGAAUAGCUGCUGCCUUAUUACCUUUGGCUACAGCUUUCUGUCGUAAAUUAUGCACAGGCGUUAUUCAGUUCGCUUACACUUGUAUCCAGGAACAUCCUGUUUGGCAAAAUCAGCAAUUUUGGGAAGCUGUUUUCUAUCAAGAUGUUCAAAGGGAAAUUAGAUCGCUGUAUUUAGAAUCGAGUGCUGCUGCGAAAUGCUUCAUGAAUUCGUCAACCACAUCUAGAGACGGAACCGAAUUCUCUCUCAGAGAUAAAAGCUGGUACGUCCGAGGGCAAGAACCUUCAGCUUUGGAGAUCGCUGCUGAGCAGAUGAGAUUAUGGCCUACGUUAGACGCGGAUAAACAAAAAGAAUUAGUCUGCAAUGAAGAAUCAACGCUGUACAGUCAAGCAAUCCAUUACGCUAAUCGUAUGGUUUACUUGCUGGUUCCCUUGGAUUUGGGAAGUAAAUCAAAUAGAACGGAUAGAAAUGCUAUCGAAGACGAAGGUGCUUCUGUCAGCAUCACGAAUCGCUCAAGUAUGGCCGAAAGCGACAGCAUCGAUGCAGAAUCCGGUUUCGAAGAUCAAGAUCCUUGCGAAACUGGCGCAACGGUGAUCAGAUUAGUGUCUCGGUUUGUAGACAAGGUCUGUACCGAAGGUAGCGUCAGUUCGGAGCAUAUCCGGUUAUUGCAUCAAAUGAUACCCGGUGUCGUUCAUAUGCACAUUGAAACCUUGGAAGCGGUUCAUCGUGAAUCCAAACGUCUUCCUCCAAUUCAGAAACCAAAGAUCUUGACACCGGCUAUGCUUCCGGGUGAAGAACCUUUAUCGGAAGGACUGCGUGUGUAUUUGUUACCGGAUGGAAGAGAAGAAGGCUUAGGUGGAGCUAUGGGUGGACCUCCGUUGUUACCGGCCGAAGGAGCUAUAUUUGUUACCAAUUAUCGUAUUAUUUUCAAAGGAACACCGCUAGAUCCAUUCGCUUGCGAGCAAGUUGUCGUUCGAUCAUUUCCAAUCAUGUCGUUAACGAAAGAAAAGCGAAUCGCGGUUCAGUAUUUGGCCCAUUUAGAUCAAUGGCUUCAGGAAGGAUAUCAAUUACGAUCGUGUACUUUCCAAUUGAUUCGAGUCGCAUUCGACGAAGAAGUUCUUCCAGAUAAUAUAGAAAUGUUCAGAAAAUUAAUCCAUAAAGCUCGGCAUCCAAAUCAUAUUUUACUUCAUUUCGCAUUCUGUGGACAAGUCAUCGUGACGCAGACACCGAUACAUAAAGGCAAAGAAAAAAAUGCUACGUUGAAGGGAAUAGCUAAAAGAACUCUAUGGAAAACCGCCCGAAAAGCUGGUUUCAAACAGAAAACGUCGUCGAAACGACAAAAAUACGUUUUACCAAAUGUUAAUAACGCCGAAUACAAAUACAUGACGUCUCCUGGCCGAAUGAGUGUACCGUUCACAGACGUAGAUAAUUUAUCGGUGGACGAGUACGAUAUUGAAACUCCUCCUGUUAUGUUGACCACUGAUGCUAAAACGCUGGAACGAAUACACGAACGUAGCUACGUUCGCGAUUGGGUUAGAUUGAAGUUGGUCACCGAACCUGGAGCUAGUUGCAACAAAAGCAAAGAAACAUUCCGGUUAACGCAGUUAAACUGCGUUUAUAUGAUGUGUAGAAGUUACCCGGCGUUGUUUGUGAUGCCUAAUUCAGUACCUGACGAAAGUAUUAAAAAGUUUUACCGAUGUUACCGUCACGGGCGUAUUCCAGUAACCACCUGGCGUCAUCCGCAUACCAAAGCUUUAUUGUUACGAGGAGCCGGUUAUUAUUCGAAAAGCGUUAUCGGUAUGUUAAAAUCACAUCCGUCAACAUCAGGCGUUUCCAAUUCGGAUACACAUUCGUCAGCCGAACAAGAACGUUAUAUUUCGGCCAUCGUUACCGCUACUCCUUUAUGUUCUCUACGUAACAGCUCCGUAUGGGGAUUAUCAGACAGCAGUUUGAGUAUUAAUUCGUUGUUGUUAGCUGCCGAAGAUAGCGUCUUGUCACCGGAGUCGAUACGUCGUGCGAAUAUUUACGGAAAAGCGGCCAAUACCAUUAGCUACGCUGGAAUGUUUACCCGAACUAGCGGUGGCAAAGGUGGUAAAAAUUUCGGCCGAUGGGGAUCGUUGAAAGAUAAACGCAUGAGCACCCAUGGGCCUCAGUUACCGGUACAGAAUGCAUCAAAUAAUCAAAGAUUAUCCACGGAUUCGGACUCGGUGGCUGAAAACGUGCAAACUUUCCAAAGAGCUGCGUUGUACGUUUUGGGAGAAAAAGCUCAGAUGAAGGGUAUGAAAGUAGAUCCGGCUCUAAAAACUGAUUUCAUUCCGGUGGAAUAUCCAGAUAUAAGGCAUACAAAAACGGCCUUUAAAAAGCUAAUGAGAGCCUGUGUACCCAGUACUCCUAAUUCUGAUCCCGAGUAUUCGUUCCAUAAAUUGGUUGAGAAUUCGGAAUGGUUGCAGCAAAUCCAGAACAUCAUGCAACUAUCCGGAGCCGUUGUCGAUUUAUUAGACGUUCAGGGAUCUUCGGUCAUGUUGUGCUUGGAAGAUGGAUGGGAUGUUACUUGUCAAAUUUCAUCUCUGGCUCAGUUAUGCUUGGAUCCGUAUUACCGAACUUUGGAAGGUUUCCGUGUAUUGGUGGAAAAAGAAUGGUUGGCUUUCGGUCAUCGUUUCAGUCACCGGAGCAAUCUCGCCGCUUCCUCUCAGACCGGAGGUUUUGCGCCGACGUUUUUGCAGUUUUUGGAUACUGUUCAUCAGGUACGUAGUCAAUUCCCGUUGGCGUUCGAGUUCAACGACUAUUACCUGAGGUUCUUAGCCUACCACUCGGUAUCCUGCCGAUUCCGCACGUUUUUAUUGGAUUGCGAACAAGAACGAGUCGAAUGCGGCAUUAUGGACGCGGAAGAUAAACGCGGAUCGUUGACCUCGUAUCAUAAAAGCGUCGAUACCGGAUCCGACGAUGAAAAUAUUUAUCCAGGUGGUAGAAAAGCCGGAUCUCACGUUGGACCUAAUUUAGGAGUAUCUGUAUUCGACUACAUCGAAAAAUUACACGCACGUUCGCCGGUGUUUUACAAUUUUUUGUACACUCCAGAUUUCGAACAUCCGGUUUUAAGACCCCAAUCGAUGCUACCGAAUUUAGAAUUGUGGCAUUAUUACACAUCCGAAGAAUUAGCUCACGGUGCUCCGUACGAUCCGGAAAUUAUCCAAAUGGAUAAUCAACACGAAGAAGAAAUGUUGGCUGCUGAUGGUCUACACACUUCUGAACGCAAAGUGGUCACUUUAGGAUACAACAAGAUCGACAAUUAUGUUCCGGACGCGUUCACUUAUUUAUUGGAGGAUAUACAUAAACUGGAGCUGGAGCUCGGACACCUUCCCCAGAAAUGGAAAAUGCUCUGGGAACAGUUGGAAUUGCCUACGACUGAUUCGCUGACUAGACAAGGAUCAUUCAGCAGACAAAUGGUCAGAUCGCACGGACGUCUGCUGCAUAAACGGUCCACUUUGGAGAUACUUAUGCGAGGUAAAAUAGUCGGAUCUGGAACUGCUCCAGAACCUACUUCGGCUCAGUUGUUCUUCCAACCGCAUCGAUUCGAGAAGUAUAAUUUUACAGCGUUGACUUAUUGCGAUUUAUGCUCCAGUGUUUUAUGGGGACCGGUCAAAACCGGUAUGCGCUGCAGCGAUUGCGGUUACUGUUGUCAUGACAAAUGCGUCGAUCGUGUGCAGAAAAGUUGUCCUAAAUAUAAAGCUGUCUCAGAUGGCAAUUACAAUACGCAGACUUUGUCUCGUAGCGGAGAUAAUUCAUCGGUUAAUUCGAGUAUAAAUACGACCAAUCAACAAUACUACGAACAGUUUUCGUCGAAUGUGGCCGAAAAUCGUACUCACGAAGGUUAUCUGUACAAACGAGGAGCCUUAUUGAAGGGCUGGAAACAACGAUGGUUCGUUUUGGACUCGAUUAAACAUCAAUUAAGAUACUACGACGCGAUGGAAGAUUCCCAUUGUAAAGGAUACAUAGAUUUGGCUGAAGUAAUGUCUGUCGCGCCGGCUGUUCCUACCGCAGGUGCACCUAAGAAAACUGACGAUAAAUCUUUCUUCGAUUUGCGAACUAAUCGAAGAACGUAUAAUUUCUGCGCCAGCGAUGCCGCUUCGGCGCAAGAAUGGAUAGAAAAAUUACAGGCUUGCUUGCAAUAAUUUUUUUUAUUUACUUAUUUGACGCGUAAAAUUUAAAAAAAGAGUAAUUUCGAAGACAACGUGUUGCUUCUCUGUGAUUGAUAUCAUUCCAUGUGGCUUUUUUGACGAUUCUAAACGUGACUACUACGACGUUUCAAGAACUGCGCAAUGAUUAUUUCUCUUAUAUAUAGAUAUUUUUUUCAAUUAUGUAGGUUUCUCUCUCUCUCUCUAUUUGUCUUAUCUCUAUGAUUUUUUGUUAAUUUAUUCAUAUCAAUUACGAGUGAUCGUCCAAUUUACCAAGCUUAGCUUACUGUGUGAAUGGUAAAUGAAAAAUUUGAACGUUGUUUUUAUUUUUAUAUGGUUUGUAUUUUUUUAAAACAAGGAUAACGUUUUAACGCUUUAUAGUAUUUAAUUAUAGCGAACGGUUGUAAUCGGUUGUAGAUUAUGAAAGCGAUUUAAAAAAAUCGCCAAGUGCUGACGAAUUUUAGGUUGCAUAAAUCAAAGUUCUGGUGUUACGAUUAUUGCAUUUUUUUUUUUUUUUUUUAUAUAUAUUUAAUUUGUUGCAACAACAAAAAAAAACACGUUUUAUUACAGAAUCUCUUUUCUCGUUUCGUAGUAAGACAAACUUUCAAAAAUUUUAUAUUUUAUCGAUUCGACGUGAUUAGUUUUUAGUUCCUUAAUGUUAAUAUGUUGGAUGGUACUUGAAAAACGGAGUUGAUACGUUGCUUUAAAAAAAAAAAAAAAAACGAGUACCAAAAAAAAUAUUGCACAAUAUUUUACAAAAUAUUUUACCCUUUUGUUUUAUGUUUAUUAUAUUAUUAUUAUGCUUCGCUUAUUUUGAUUUUUUUUCUAUGUUUUAUUUUGUAUUAUUUUCUCCUCCUUCUCCCGCUCCCCAAAGUUGUUGUAUCUAGUGCAUUUUAAUGUUAUUCGUACUUAAUUAGUACAUGUUGUGAUAUGCAUUAGUAAAUUAUAUACGAUACCGUAAUGUUAUAGUGUUUUUUUUUUGUAUCGUUAAGUUACAAUAUAAAAUAUUUAAGCUUCGA